AUGGCUGAAUCGGAUGCAUUUUCCCAGAAACAGCACCAGCAAAAAACAGAAUCCAACACAAAUCGAGACCCUCCUAGCGCCUUUCCAGGGUCGUCGCUGCGAGAUGCGCCCCGCGGGCCCCAAUCGCAGCAGCGCGCCCCAUUCCCUGGAGCAGAUCCAUGGAGCCCUGGCGAGCAACUGAGGAGCGCUGUAGAGGCCCCCAUCCCUGCACUUGGUGUGGACGCCACACACGCUACCGCGCAGCUCUAUCAAGGCGGCGCAGCUGGCCAAUCCCACCCGCCAAUUGUGCUGAGGCGGCCCAUGACAGACGGAAAUGCGUCAUCAGAACUGGCGAUAAGUUCGUUUUCUGUCUCAGGCUGUCUGUUGCAAAAACAAGCACCUUCUAGUCUGGCGUUGUUGCCAAUCAUCUCUCCGAACAGCUGCGAAUGCUUGACUCCCCCCUCUCUCUUCGGCUAUGCAGCCCUGGCAAAUAUCCAGCCGUUCCGCGAAUCCCAGAAUGCUGCCUGCCCUGGCUUUGGUACAUAG